AUGUUAAAACCAACAGCUCCCCAUUCUUCAUCAAGUUUUCAAAAUCCAAUAAUAAAACUAGUGAGAAGUCAGCAUCCCAAAAAACAUAAACAACCUAAAAACCUGGUAUCGGAGCCAACAAACAUUGUUCAAGAUAACGAUAAUGAAAAAGAAGCCUGUCCAAAGAAACGUGAAAAACCACAAAAGUUAUCAAAAAAUAAUAAAUAA